UCAGCUUUCCACGAAAAAAAUAUGGCUGGUGUCGCUUUGGCAAGACAUUUCACAUCCGCGAGUUAAAAUUCUUCACAUUUUCUUUUAAACUUUUGUUGAAUAUUCUAUUUAAUUUCAUUGUACAUUGCGUUAAAAAUGUGUUAAUCAUAUAGCCGACAGGCUGGUCGAUAUUGUUGUGAAUGCCAUUUGUAACAAACAGAGUUCUGGUGACGAUAAUUAUCAUCGGCUUUUCAAACAAAAUCGAGAGUCGAGAAAAAAAUUGUGUGGUGAUAUGUGUGAAUAGUUACAGUCGAGGGUCGUGCGGUCGCCAUUACCGGUGUUUUUCGUUUUUCUUUUUCAUUAACAAAAAAAUAAUUGUACAGCAGACAAAAUUGUUCGCGUUGAACGUGAUAGUUGAAAAUCGAAUUGUAAAUUGUCGCGUCGUUAAGUAAUAAAGGCAAUCAAAUUCAGCCAGAGAAGUUGUGUGUAAAGGAACGUGUGAAAAAAACCUACAAGCGAUGAUCGAUACGGCUGAUUUACAGGCUUUUCUCGCGAAACUCGAGGGAGGUGCUGUAGCCGUUGACUUACUGAAAAUCGGAGAAAAUAAUCAUCAGCAAUAUGGUAGUGCCGCAUCUGGAUCAAAGAGCAAAUCUGGCCCCGGAAAGUUACGUUUUGCAUUGGACAUGGAGGAUUGCCUGGAUAGAUUUUACGGUGGAUACUAUUCAGACUGGGCUUGUGGUGGUCAAUGGAACCGGGCAUACCAAUUUUGUCAACUGCUGGCAAACGCCUUCAAACAGGCUCACAUUGACGUCAUUGCAUUCUUCGACGGAACGCUUAAGGAACACAAAAAAACGACAAACGAACACAAUGACUUCCGUCAGCGUACCAAUUCGGUUCUGAAACAUAUCCGAAUGAUAUCGACACCGCCGCCGAAAAUCUGGUGGCUAGCACCGUCCGGUACACGCACAUGUAUCCGAAACGCGCUGAGAAAUCUGAACAUUUUGGUCGUGCAAACGGUCAACGAUCAUACAAUGGAAAUCAUUGAGUAUUACCGCGACCACAAAUUGGACGGCAUUUUGGGCGUGCAUCCUGACUACAUAAUUGCCAACACUCAACGCUAUUUCAGUUCGCAUGAUUUACGACUGUCGUACAAAGGAUCACUGGAGACGAAAGAGUAUUUAGUGUCAAAAUUAUUGACGAAUCUAAGUUUGACUGGUGAUCAUUUACCAUUCGUUGCCGCAUUGCUGGGUGGCUACACCCUCCUCACGGAGUCUAUGUUGAAGUCCAUCUAUCACCUAGUGAAAAUCGACUAUGGCGCCGACUUCGAACCACGCAUCAAAAGGAUCGCCGAAGUGGUACGCAAUUCACCGACCAAUGAAGUCGAUGAAUUCAUCAAACAUUUGAAUUUAACGGAAUGGGCGGACGAAGUGAAACGUACCGUCGAAUACUACCAAAGAAGGGGCGUAUUUGUACAACAGAAGAGCUUCGCCAAUAAUAGGAAAAAGAUCGGCGGUGGCAGUGUUGACACAUUUAAAGAAAUCGAAACAUCCGCUACAGAUGAUAUGCCGCUCGCAUCGGAAACCAGUGACAAUGACGAGCUGGCCCGGAAAAUAUUGAAAGAUGUAAAUAGUUUGGUGGAUGACGGUGAAUUCAUCGACGAAAUGGAUAAAUUGACAGUCAACGAUAGCGGCGAUGGCGUGAAGAAAGAAGCAUCCGCAGGAAGUACUAAAAAUGGAAAAUCGACCAAUACAAAGGCGGCAAAGGCUGCCAGCAAUUUAUCGACGUAUUCGAUACCAGUAGAAGUGGUCAAAACGUCGCUGAAUCGUCAUCAGCGCGGCAUCAUGGAUCCACGGAUCUACCAGCUGCUCACCAAGAAGCAAUUGAUUCUGCCCCAAAUUCUCGAAGACGAACACUACAGAGAGUUGCCAUCCAUUCACCUGUUCUACCGUCCCGCCCGCCAGAUGAUCUAUGCUAUCUUAUUCAACAUGUACCACCAAAAGUAUUUGCUGUCGAAGAAGGACUCACCACCGGGUACCGGUAAGAACGACAUGCCAGACAUUUCUUUAUCGGAAUGGAUCUGGUCGCCACAGAAUCAGUACAAAAAACCGGAUCUUGUCAAGGCGACGCUACUGCCAUGGGCUGUGCCGACCAUUCAACGGCUGUGGUUUGGAACGGUGUACGAAGAUAAACAGCGUCGAAUGAAGGCAUUUUUGACUGUCAUGCGAUCCGAUUCGCCGUUGAUGUUGAACCGGGGGUACGUGCCGCAGCAUAUGUUAACAAUGGCGUGUGUUUUACGAUACAUCGUAACGAAUCCCGAACGGAAUAUUUUGUCGCGGCAGGAAUUGGACGCAUUUUUGGCGGUUGCAUUUUCACCGCACCUGAUCAACGUUGAUUACACGCAAGAAUUAAUCUUACCCGGUGUGCAUCUUCGUGGCGUUUUCUUAGCAUCACUUUUCAUGCAAGGCGUCGAGACCGCAUCACUGGCGAAUGACGCUUGCGGCAUCCCAUUACCAUGGACAAUGACUAAUCCGUGGUUGUUCUUCGACGGAAAAUUGUUCCAUUUAAAAUUGAAAAUGUCGACAAUCGUUCAGAGUCUACGGGAACUGUGUGACGAUCACAUCGAAAUCGUAUUGAAAAUUGAACGUUUCCGCAAAGCUAUUCUGGAGGACGUCGAACAUUAUCUAUUGCCCGGUCACAUGGAUCCCAUGUACCGAUCGGCAUUCUUGCCACCGAACAAUUUUCCGCAUUCGUUUGGUAACAAAAACCAUCAAAUCCAUUCGAUGGCCGGCAUUUCACCAUUGGCGAACGGGUCUGCAUACUACAAUGCACAGCCUCAUUCGUAUUUCCCGUCCACAGGUAACGGCAUACGACAAUCAAAUAUGACGCGCGGCGGUGGCGCAAAUGUUGGUGGUCGUCGCAUCAACAACAAUGCUCCGCAAUUAGCUCGGACGGCAAAUUCGCGACACACCGAUUAUUAUCAUACGGAUUAUCAGCUGAAAGUCGGAGGUGUUGUUGUAGGAUCGUGGGCUGGUGGUGUGCCAAAUAAGCCAAUCGGUGGUGGCUACUUACGGUAUCCAAGAACUGGCAUUAUCAACUACAAACGACGUGGCGGUGGUGGUAAUAGCACUCAACAUUUGAGUGUUCGUAAUCAUCGCGUCGGUGCGGCCAAUAAUACGGUUGUUGCUCGUGCGCUAUCACGUAGUAUGUAUGCCGGUAAAGUACACAAGAAUCGUAAACAACGUCGAACAAAAGAUAAAAAAUUGAGUCUAGGUAAUGACGGUAAGCUGCAUGCGGAAAAUGACGAGGAGAAUGUUAGCAACAAUGCUAAUGAUAAUGCUGUUGCAGCCGAUAAUGAAGCAGAUACUGAAGAAUUGUUCAAUGGGCAAACGAUUCCCGCUGCCGAACAAAAUGACAAUGACAAAGCCAAGGACAGUAACACCAUUCCACUAUCGUCGAAUAUAAAUACCAUCGAAAUCUCUGUCGAUAAGCCAUCAUCAGACGUACCCGAAGAAGUAGCAAUACCGUCUGCGGUGGAGACGACCACCAUCAGUGCCAUUGCUAACAACAAUAACUAUUCGUUGACGUCGCCGACGACGGUUAACAACGGCGUCAAGGAGGAGAAAACGAAUGGUAAUUGUGUGGUUGAUGUGAAUGCCAGUGCGUUGGUGGCUGGUAAAAAUGUGAAUAAUAAGAAGAAAAACAAAAAAGGAAAGGAGUGUGAAACGGCAGCUUAAGUGUUCACUUUUCACUUUUUUCUUGUGCAACAAAACAUUUUUUUUUCAUUUAUUCGAGGUUAAGUGUAAUAUAGUAUAAAAGAGUUAAGUGUAAUGUCUGAUUAAUUUUCAAAUCAAAUUUACGCAGAAACACAAAAUCCAAAAAUUCAUAUACAUUGUUCAUGGUUAAGUUCAUUAAAUGUAUCCUAUAAAUUUAGUCUGUAUUACAUAAAUAGAAGAAGGAGAAAGAGGAGGGGAGGAGAAGAGGAAGAAAAUGUCACGCUAAUUAAUUACUAUUAGGGGAUAUGAUGUAUAUUCAACGGCUAGUAAUUGUGUGAAAGUUAAGUUUAAAAUUUAAAAUAAACAAAAAAACGAAAAGAGGA